GAGACAGAGGCAGGGAGGCCGAGGAAGAGAGGCAGAGAGUCAGGGACAGAUCCAGACACAGAGACAGAGCCAGAGAGCUAUGGCUGACGAUGAAGAAGAGAUUUUGUCGGGCCCAAUCUGCUCGUACCUCACUUACAAAUCAGAGGGAGAUCGGCUGUAUAUGCUGGGCGAGUAUGAAAAAGCUAUCAACAGUUAUUCACACGCCCUUCAACAAGAACCAAAGAACAGAAACUGUCUGGUUGCCCGUUCACGAUGCUACCUGGCAGUUGGAAACACCACACUUGCUCUGAAAGAUGCAGAGGCGUCCCAAUUGGGCAAUAAAGAAUUCUACAAGGGUCUUUAUCGAAAGGCUGAAACCCUGUAUGCUAAGGGUGAGUUUGAACUCGCUUUAAUGUUCUAUCAUCGAGGACAUAAACUCCGUCCAGAUGACCACAAUUUCCGACUGGGAAUUCAGAAGGCUCGGGAGGCUAUUGACAACUCUGUAGGAAGUCCUUCCUCAGUGAAGCUCGAAACUAAAGGGGACCUGUCCUUCUUUUACAGACGAGAGGAGAAAGUGGUGCCAAAGACCAAAUCUCAACUGCGACGCCAGAAAUUAAACCUGAAGCGGCAGAGUAUGAAACCCGAGCAGGACGAGCCGAAAACCAACAAAACGGUGCGAGUGCUGCUGGGUGAAUUGUAUGGAGACAAGGAAUACCUGGAAAAACUGCUACUGGACAAGGAACUGAUGAAGACGAGCACGGAGAGUGGAGGAACCAUCCAGGAUCUGAUAAUGAGCGGAAUUGCAUUCCUUGACACACGAACUGAGUUCUGGAGGCAGCAGAAACCUAUCUUUGCCCGAGAGCGAGAGCAGAGAAUAAAGGCACAGAGCUGGAAAAGCCAGAGAAAACAAGCAGAGUCAGAACAAACUACUUUCAUCCUCGAACACAUGGAGGAAAUCGACAUGUUGUUGGCUGAUGGCUAUGCUGAGGUGUGUAAGAAUAAAGCCAUGGAGCUGGUGCAAAUUGUGAAGGAAUGGUCACAAAGAGAGGUUCCCAACAAGGCGGAAUUCCUUGGGAAUCUGUAUAACACCAUCGGACUCGCUCAGGUUGAGCUAGGCGAAUUUGAGGAUGCUCUGGCAAGUCAUCAUAAAGAUCUGCAAAUUGCAAAGAAGUAUGACAACUUAGAGGCAAAAUCAAGAGCUCUGGACAACAUUGGCAGGGUGUACGCAAGGAUUGGCGAAUUCGCAAAGGCUGUGGAGGCUUGGUCAGAGAAAGAACCUUUAACUAAAUCCCACCUCGAGCGUACUUGGCUCUUCCACGAAAUUGGGCGCUGUCACCUGGAGCUCGGCAACAAUGUAGAGGCUCGGGAUUAUGGUUUAAAAGCCUUGGCAUCGGCGCAAAAGACAGGAGAUGAAGAGUGGAAAAUGAAUGCCAAUGUCCUUGUGGCACAAGCUGAACUUAAGCAAAACAAACUUCAGACUGCAGUUACAUUCUUUGAACAGGCAAUGAGCAAAGCGAGAAUGUUGAAUGAUGAGCCAGCACAGGAGGCAAUCUCAAAUGCUCUGAAAGACAGCAAAACUCAGAUAGAACUGGCUGAGAAGGCGAAACAAGAGGAGGUUAAGGAGCUGGAGGAGAAACAGAAAGCUCACAGGCUGAAACUUGGCCCGGUGGUUGUUGGACACGUCAAGACUGAAAAACAAAAACGUACCGCUUUCAUGACUGAGGAUAUUUCUUCUCACAAAUCUGAAGAUAUCAGUGAAUCCACCCUCUAUUCUAAGGGCUCCGAACAGGUUGGUGAGGCAUUAGAGGCAGAGGAAUCCUGCUCCGAGGAUUACAGCUCGUCAGAUUCUGUCUGUGGGCUCUAUUCAUCUGAAAGUGGUCCCAGUUCUGAUCUGUCUCCUCGGGAAUACCAGGUAUCUACUGAUCAAAAAGUUCCUCGAUCGUCCAGGGCACUUCGUCCAUAUGGAAAGAGAGCUGAGCAGGGCCCUACAGUGGCUGAUGAGGGCAGCAAGCCUGAAAAAACUGAAGAUCUUUCUGAAAAUGAUGAUUCGCAAUGCUCAACCUCGACUGAUUCUGUGUGUGGGUUUCCAAGUAGCCACGUUUCUGAUUCCUCUUUGCGGGCACGCACUACACACUCUGAAACAGAAGCUGCGAUUCACAAACUACAAGUGACCCAGGAGAGCUCCUUCAAUCAUAAGGACUCCAAAGAGUUUGAUGAAGAGUUAAAACAGGAACUCAGCGUUCAUACCCGUUCUUCAGAUGCCAACCAGCUCGAUGGGCAAUUGUCUGAAAAUACUGAGAAUGAAGGAGUCAUAUCUGAGGAGACAAAGACUCAAAGUGAUGACAAAGAAUUCAUAACAGAAGAAGUUGUGAUUGAAAAAGGAGAGACAACAGCAGAAGUGAUUGAAAAAGGAGAGACAGCGGAUGACAUUGAAACAGAAAAAGGAGAAACAGCGGAAGAGGUGACAGAAAAAAGAGAGACAGAGGAAGAAGUGACGGAAAAUGGAGAGACAGCAGACAACAUUGAAACGGAAAAAGGAGAGACAGAGGAAGAGAUGACGGAAAAAGGAGAGGCAACAGAAGACGCUGAAACAGAAAAAGGAGAAACAAAGGAAGAAGUUGCAGCACCAAAGAAUGAGUGAAAUAUGUCAGGAAUAACUCUCCUUCUCAGCUCAUCUUUGUUGAUGUGAUAAAGUCUAGAAUCAGAUCUCAGUGUAACUAACUUCUUUGUUUUUAUUAAUAAGUGAUAUUGCUGUUAAUUUUUAAGUCCUGCCCUUGUAAACAUGAGGACAAUUUAUAAAUACAAAUUAUAAAUAA